AUGAGAAUUAGAGUCCCUUUUAAUAUGGGAGAUUUGGAUGCCUGGAGGAAAGUGGUUAAAGAUUAUAGAGAAGAUCCAUUAGGAAUUGCCAAACGAUUUGAAUUAAUAGUUAAAAAUCAAGACCCAGACUGGAAAGAUAUAGACAUAAUGUUAGAUGCAAUGACUGAAACUGAGAAAGAGUUAAUUGUAAGAACAGCCCGAACUCAUGUGCAGGCUCAAAUUAUAGCUGGGACGCUGGCAGGGGGAGUCGAUCAGCAUGUUCCCCUGACUGACCCGCAUUGGGAUCCGAACGAUAAGACAGACUAUCGCACAUUAAAGCGAUAUCAAAAUUGGAUAAAAUUUGGGUUGGAGAAUGCGAUCCCGAAGGCUGUAAAUUGGUCAGCACUCUAUGCUGUAAAGCAAGGGCAAACCGAAACCCCCACGGAAUUCUUAGGCAGAUUACAACAGGCAAUGCGUAAAUAUACCACCUUAGACCCCUCAUCUGAUGUAGGGCAGCAACAAUUGGUAUCUUUGUUUUUGGAUCAGUCAUCGGAAGCUAUUAGAAGAAAUCUCCAAAGACUAAAAGAGCCUGAAGUUCGAGAUUUGGAGAAGUUAAUUGAAGAAGCCUGGAGGGUGUACAGGAACAGAGAAAGCAAUGCAAGGAGAAAAUUAGGUAGAACAAUAGCCACAGCAACAAUCGUGGCAUUAGAGCAACGAAGUGCAGGAGCCCAGGGACCCCCUGGAGGCAGAGGCAGAGGCAGAGGAGGGCCUCCUCGGGGAUCUCAAGGGGGGUUCCAAACAACAUUACAAUCAGACCAGUGUGCCUACUGUGGAAAACGAGGGCAUUGGAGAAAGGAAUGCCCUAAAUUGAAGCCUGAAGUGGUUGCUGAAGCUAAAUGGAUAAAACAAUAUCCUUUAAGGUUGGAAGACCGAAGGGGCAUAAAAGAAACAGCUGAAAAAUUCCAAGAGUUUGGGUUACUGGUUGAAUGUGAAUCAGAAUAUAAUACUCCAAUUUUACCAGUAAAGAAACCGGAUGGGAAAUAUAGAAUAGUACAAGAUUUAAGGGCAGUAAACAGAAUUGUGGAGGAUCUGUAUCCACUAGUAGCAAACCUGUACACUUUGUUAACCAGCCUGAAAGAAACAUAUGAAUGGUUCACAGUUCUGGAUUUAAAGGAUGCAUUCUUUUGCCUCACCUUGGCCCCUGAAAGCCGUAAUCUAUUUGCUUUGGAAUGGGAAAACCCCAAUUCAGGACGUAAAACUCAACUCACUUGGACAGUGUUACCCCAAGGAUUUAAAAAUAGCCCUACAAUUUUUGGAGACCAAUUAGCAAGGGAAUUGGAACUUUGGGAAAGGCCUCCAGGCAAUGGCAUUCUUUUACAAUAUGUGGAUGACAUUUUGAUAGCUACAGAAAAGAGAGAAGAGUGUAAAGAAUGGACUGUGAGUUUAUUAAACUUCCUUGGAUUAAGUGGUUAUCGAGUUUCAUUACAGAAAGCCCAAAUCCUGCAGAAGGAAGUGGUCUACUUGGGAUACCUGAUUUCCAAAGGACAACGACAGCUCGGAAAUGAAAGGAAAGAGGCCAUCUGCAAGACUCCAGAACCAACUACGGCAGCCCUGAUGGAGCAGGAUGAUGUGGAAAUUGCUACAUCUACAAUAUCUAACCCUGCCUCUUUCCUGAGUGAUAAACAGGAAACUGACCCCAUCGUACAUGAAUGCAAAGAGACAACUGAAACUGUCUAUGCAAGUGGACCGGACCUGAAAGAAGAACAGAAGAGGCCGAUCAUACAUGGUAUACGAAUGGGAGCAGCUUUGUGA